AUGCCUCUCGCUCACAUCCACGUUAUCAAAACAGCCUACACCCCUGACGAACUCCGUCUGAUCGCAGAUACGAUAUACCGAACGAUGCGAACUCACUUUACUGCACCGGACGAAGAUCGAUAUCAGAUGAUCUCACAGCAUGAACCAUACGAAUUGAUUUGCUCAGACACCAACCUCGGUUUCACCAGGACCGAAAGACUCAUCUUCCUCCAAGUGGUCCAACAGGGACGAAGUGCAGCUGUUAAAGAAACUUACUAUGGAGUCCUGAUGGCUGCGUUGAAGGAGAAGAUUGGUCUGGGAGAAGGUGAUUUGAUUAUCAGUGUUACGGCGAAUACUAGAGAAGAUUGGAGUUUCGGAGGUGGAAAGGCUCAGUUCCUCAAUGGCGAUCUGUAA